GGAGACGGUCUCUGUUUGGACUCUUAGCAGAACCUCCCGCUAGAAAGAUAGCUGGACUGAGGCCAGACGUGGAAGGGGGUGGGUCUCUUUGGUCGACAGCGAUUUCUUGGAGGGAUUUAGACGUGAUCUGGGGGGCAGAGAGAGAUUUACGAAUUGAUAGGUGGUCGCGUUUUGUUUGGCCGAGUGGGUCUGCGCAACAGAGCCCAGGAGCUUUGCGUUUCCUUCUCUUAAAGGAUUAGUACUAGCGAUGGCCACCAAAAGACUGCGGAAGAACCGCUACUCUGGCGACACACAGCUGGUGUCUUGGAUAAGUGCGCAUAAAAGUUCCACAGGGCACUGACCUCUCAAAUUAGCACGGUUGGAAACUCCCUUUGCUAUCUUUCGGACUCCUCAGAGAAACUCCUUCAGUCGACUUGGGUAAAUGAGACUUUAUUCUUUUCGUCUGUACGGUGGAACCGCAAGGCGUUGAUUACAGAUACCUUUUAUAACUGUCUUAUCGUUACUUUCGUCGUUGGUUGUGACAAAGCUCAAGGAAACAACGCUGACAAGAUGACAACUGAAACCGCACAACAGCAGCUGGACCCACCGCCUCUGAGAUCUAGCCCAGCGUCCGGUGCUAUGCAUUCCACGCUGCAGAGCGCACAGACGGUGCUGGAUACCGCAGGAUCACCGGCCACCACUAAGGGCAAGAAAGCAAACUCAGGCAUGAGGCGCCCCGAAAAACCGCCGUAUUCUUACAUCGCCCUGAUUGUAAUGGCGAUUCAGAGUUCUCCCACUAAGAGGUUGACACUUAGUGAGAUAUACCAAUUCCUUCAGGCGCGGUUCCCAUUCUUUAGGGGAUCCUACCAGGGCUGGAAGAAUUCCGUUAGACACAAUCUCUCUCUCAAUGAAUGUUUCAUUAAAUUGCCCAAGGGCCUUGGGAGACCCGGCAAAGGGCAUUACUGGACAAUAGAUCCUGGCAGUGAGUUUAUGUUCGAAGAAGGGUCUUUUCGCCGCAGACCGCGAGGAUUUCGUAGGAAAUGUCAAGCCCUUAAACCAAUGUACCGGAUGAUGAACGGCAUCGGCUUCGGUACAUCGAUGUUGCCUCAAAACUUCGAUUUCCAGUCGCCCUCUGCAUCCUUGGCUUGUCACGCCAAUGGUUACAAUUUGGACAUGAUGACUAAUGCUGUGCCUGGUGUGCCAGGGGGAUACGACGGGCUGAGUGCGGGCCACCAUGUGCCUCACAUGUCGCCUAGCCCUGGAUCCACCUACAUGGCGGCUUGUCAAGUUACGUCUAACGGCGACUACGGUCCCGAUAGCAGCAGCAGUCCCCUACACUCGCCUCCUACGAUGACCAGCUCCUUGGAGUGUCAUUCUCCCUAUGCAGCUUCGGCACACUGGGCCUCUUCCAGUGUGCCUCCCUACAUCAAGCAGCAACCACUUGCUUCAAGCAGUCCGACCUCCUCUGGUUUACAUUCGAGUAUGUCGCCGUAUUCCAUCGAGCAGAGCUACCUUCACCACAACGGCCGGGACUCCUCGGAUAUUUCAGUGGGAAUACCUCGAUAUCAAAGUCAUUCUUCACCAGUGUGUGACAGGAAAGAUUUUGUGUUGAACUUUAAUGGCAUCACAUCGUUUCAUCCCACUGCCAGUGGAUCUUACUACCACCAACUACAUCAUCAUCAUCAAGGUGUGUGCCAAGAUGUCAAGCCAUGUGUAAUGUAAACGCCAACAAGCCACCACAUAUUCCAAGAAUCAUGCCGGCUACGGACACUAGAUUCCACACUGCGUUGACAUUUAUCUUAAGUUAAAACAAUGCCAAACAGUAUUGUAAAAAAAUUAAAACCCAUCCCAUUCUGGGAAUAUUCAAACAGAACAGGAACAGAUUUAUAAUUUAGAAUAUGGUCUUGUAAGAUCAGUUUUCUUGAGAAUAGAAAGGAAAUAAAAGCACGAACUAUGAUGACACACUUUUGCUUCUGCCAUGAAGAUAUCGGAGUUUGCCUCAUUCACGCACAAGCAAAAAAAAGACAAAAGAGCGACCUGUGCAGUCAAAUCACGCCGCCAAAGCCUGUAAAAUAAGGCUGUAUGCUUAGGUCAUUAUGCAACGGCCUGUUUUAAUGUCAAAUGAAGGCGAUGACAAUUACCAUUGUUUCCAUUUUAUGUUAAGUUUUAUUUUCAUUUGUAUAACAAAAUACACAAAGUUUUAAUGAAUUAAUAACUGCACUUAUGUUAGAUUUCAAUGU